AUGUGGCCUCCCGUUAAACACCAUCCUGAUUCAUUCUCUCUCCGCUUACCUGGCGAUGACGUCAGGUCAUCGCCAGAAGCUCUGAUCUCGCAGUACCAAAUUCGCUCCGGAGUCGUCGUUUCCUUUCCUCGUAGCAUUCAUUCUCCAACGUCCCAAAAAGGCGGCAUUCCCUUGGACGUUUUGCAAGGGCUCUCUCUCUUUUCCACUCCGAUCAUCAUGAAGCUCAUCGCAAAGAGCUCGUCGAGUCUCUCCAUCUCCAGCUCCAAGGAUCGGGUCUCCCCAGGCAAGGAAAAGCAGCAGAAGAGCAACAACAGGAAAUCCAAGCAGCCCAGGACGAGGGCGAUCGAGUUCUGCAUCAUCUCCGCGCAGGAUCUCAAGAGCGCCACGAAAUUCGGCCGGAUGCGCAGCUACGCGGUGGCGUCCAUCUAUCCCGAUCGCAAGGUGAGCACCCGGAUCGACUGCGAGGGCGGCACCAAUCCCACCUGGGACGCCAAGCUCGUGCUCGAGGUGGACGAGCGCGUGUUGGUGGGCGACGAGGACGACACCCACACGCAGCUCACCAUCGACAUUUUCAGCCGUGGAUCCCUCCGCGACAAGCUGGUGGGGACGGUCAGGAUCCUGGUGUGCGACGCCGUGAGGGGGGAGAGGAAUAUGCGCAGCAUCGUGAAUAGAUUCCCGGUGGCCUCCUAUCUCGUCUUCCGGCCCGGGGGGUGCCCGCAGGGGAUUCUCAACGUGUGCAUCCCCCCCGGCGGGAGAUUCCCGGAGAGAUUCGACUCCAUAUCCUUCAAGCGCGGCGAAGAUCUUCGCGUCAUGGCUUCUUCGCUCAAGCCGGAGGAGAUCCUCUCGCCACCGCCGGAUCACACGGAGGAGAUCCUCGCGCCAUCGCCGGAUCACACGAGUUCUAGCAGCAGUACUAGCACUUCCAUGGCGGAAUCUUCUUCGUGUAGCACGAGCACCACCGCGGGCAGUUCUUCUUCUUCCUUGGGAGAGGAGCAUCACGUCUAACGAGAUCACUCCAGGGAGAAAAAAACAAAAUUUAUAGAGAAAUAUUCUUGUUUGGAAUG